AUGUCGGGAGCACAGGGCGCGCACCCGGUGGGGCAGACGACGCCGACGACGUACGAGUCGGUGGGCGGCGAGGAGAACCGCACGCGCACGGACCUGCGGUCGCGGGAGGACCAGGGCGCCAUCCAGAUCGAGAAGGUGCAGGACAAGGUUGACGACGCCGCGGGCCGUGGAGUGGACCGCAGCACCUUAAGCGCCAAGAAGGAGCGCCCCGACGACAGCGCCGAUGCCGGGGCAACCGGCACCGGCGGCACUGCCGCGUGA